AAAAUUGACUGCAAGGUUGGCAUUCUAGGAAAUUGACUUCCCUGACAGCUUUAUCUAAACCACUUAUGUCUCCUUAUGAAGACGCUUGACAUGCACGGACCUUCCCAUGCAGCUUCGAGGAAGGAGACAACUCCUUCCGACGAAGCAAACGACCCCUUGAUGCUAUCACUUCCCAAAAGGAAUAGGGAUCCAAAGCCAACACCACCUUCCUGACCAGUUUCUCUCUUGCUGUACCUUCUUUGUCACCUAAUCGGACAACUUCAUUUCUCUCAAUCGUUCAAGCAAUUUCAUCUUCAAAUCUCGCCACUUUCCCUCCCCUAUAUAUACCACCCUCUCCCCAUGUAUUCCAUGCAUUCACACACAGACCCCUGAUUGGAUAAACUUGGGAACUCGAGUGGGUUCGAGCUAUUUUCGACAAUGGCAUCACGGAACAAUGUCGUGUUCGAGGACUUCUUCCCGGCGAUGGUGGAGAAGCUCGGGGCAGACGGGUUCAUGAAGGAGCUGAGCAACGGCUUCAAUCUGCUGAGGGACCGCGACAAGGGCGUGAUCACCUUCGAUAGCUUGAAGAAGAACUCGGCGUUGCUGGGGCUGGAGGGGAUGCGGGACGACGAGCUGAGGUCGAUGCUGCGAGAGGGCGACUUGGACGGCGAUGGAGCGUUGAACGAGAAGGAGUUCUGUGUGCUCAUGUUUAGGUUGAGUCCCGGAUUGAUGAGGGACUCCGAGGAGCUUUUGGAGGAAGCCAUUGUUGAAGAUUCUUUGUAGGUCUGGUAUUUGUUGAUCCGUAAAAUUUGAUGUGUGAGCUAUUCGAGCUGAUUGGGGUGUAAUAUUCGUCGACUCUUGUGGAAUUCUAUCGGUCGUUUGCUAUAUUGGUCCUA